AUGAGGGCACCUAGGACAUUUAUAAACACAGCCUCAAUACUUGGCAACUCCCCGGCGCUGAAGGAAGGGCGGCGCCCGCCGUCACCUCAUGGCCGCCCGGUGGCGACAGGAGCUUCUCUGUCCUCCCGCAGCGACGCGGCGGAGCCUCCUCGGCCCAACCUCGAGCCCCGGCACCGCGAGCUCAUCCCCACCCCCUGCGGGCCCAUAAAGCCUUGUUCAGAGCUGUCCUUUCCUGUCAAGAUCUACUUCUGUGUGACUAUUUUGUCUCUGCUGAGUGUAAUAGGGUUCACUGUAGAGACACUCAUUCAGCAAACUGAGGAAAAUUUCACCAUUUCUUUUAUACAGUUAGUUGGAGUUGUGUUCUGUGUAUAUUAUGUGACUAGAGGAAUCCUGCAGGAGAAUCGCCAGGAACUUGUUGUCUUUGUUCUUUCCAUCUUGCUAGUGAUGUUUCGUUCCAUUAUCAACUUUGCAGUUCUUUCAGAUGAACAGAAGCCAAAACUCCUGGCCCGCUUCAUUCUGAUUCUCCUGGUUGGCUCCUUUGAUGUGAUCUGUGCCAUCAUCCUCAUUCAGAGUGAAAGCAUGAUGGCCUUCCGCGUGGGCGGCGCUCUGGAAAGCCUGCAGUCACAGUACUUCAUGCUGAACCUCUGUUUUUCCAUGUUGACCUUUGAUCUCCAGGCACAGCUCUGCUUGUGUGUUCUGCUGACAAGCCUGCGUGAGACCACCCUUCUCCACACCAUCCUCUCAGCAACAGGAGUCCUCUGGGCAUGCCUGAAAGUGACCGUUAGCGUCAUCGCAAUUCUAAAAGAACUGAAACCUCUGGUGUGGAUUUUUCUAAGCCAGAAUGUACCUGAAGUUGUUUUUCUCAUCUACCUGCUUUACAUGGUGAUAACAGAGUGGGGCAAAGGAAAUUCUUACACUCUGGAAGCUGCUGUCAUUACUGGCGCCUGCAUUUCUGUUGCAAUAAAAUGUAUUUUGCUUUGGGCAUUGAUCCAUGUCUACCGCAGCUUUGGACAAGGGCUGAGAGAAAGAAUGUUUUCUUCCUAUGGAAGGAUUGACUCCUGAGCAUUCCCCCCGUGUUUGAUCUGCAGCUCUCAGAGUGAAGUCAUAACUGGGAAAGUUCUGAUCAUGCGCUUG